AUGCCACGUUCCACUGGAGGGUGCUGCCACCCUUUGGCAGCUGUGUGCAACUGCAGCCUCCGUGCAGUCACCCCAGUGAGGAAUAUCAGGAUGUCCAAAGCAGAGGAGGAGAAGGCAGCGACGGACUAUCCCGCCGAUGGCUCAGACUCAGACAGAAACAGUCCAGACGAGCAGGUUGGUGUUUGCUUCCUCCUUCAUGUGCCUGUGCAUCAAAUGAAAGCCAUCACGUUCAUUCCUUCCCCAAAACCAGCCUGCAAGCUUGCCGCUCUCCUCCCUGCCCAGCAGCAGCUGCUACUCCAGCAGGCGCAGGCUCAGCUCCUGGCCGCCGCCGUCCAGCAGUCCAACGCCGCCCAUGCAGCUCACGCCGCCGCGCAGCAGCAGCAGCAGCAGCAGCAGCAGCAGCAGCAGCAACAGCAGAGCCAAACAUCUCAGCAACAGGCAGCCAAACAGGAGCAGUCCGUGCAAGCUCCGCCUCCACCGCCGCAGCUGGCACUGUCUCAGCCAAUCCAGCUCACAGCCCAGGACAUCCAGCAGCUACUUCAGCUCCAGCAGCUGGUUCUCAUGCCUGGCCACGCGCUCCAGUCCCCAGCCCAGUACCUCCUGUCACAGUCCCCCCAGACUCAGCAGCAGCAACAGCAGCAGCAAGCUUUGCUCUCGACGCCAAAUUUGAUUCAGCUACCUCAGCAAAGCCCGGCGGGACUGCUGACGACGCCGCCCCGCCUGGGCCUCCAAGCACAGAGAGAGAAGAGCACUGACGGCGGUGGUGGCGGCAUCAGCAGAUCCUCCAUCGUGGCCAUGGGAGGCAGCACUGUGGCACCCAUGGGAGUCUCAUCAGUCUCGGCCGGCAACAUGGCCGCAUCCCUGAACGCCGCCUUGACUCCCGGCGGUCACGGAGCUCACAUCGGAGGGGAGGAGCCGAGCGACCUGGAGGAGCUGGAGCAAUUUGCGCGGACCUUCAAACAACGCCGCAUCAAGCUGGGAUUCACCCAGGGCGACGUGGGCGUGGCCAUGGGGAAACUGUACGGCAAUGACUUCAGCCAGACCACCAUCUCCCGCUUUGAGGCCCUCAACCUGAGCUUCAAGAACAUGUGCAAGCUGAAGCCUCUGCUGGAGAAGUGGCUGAGUGACGCAGAGUCCAUGGCGGUGGACAGCAUGCUGCCCAGCCCCUCCACCCUCUCCUCCCCCCUGCUGGGCAUGGAGGGUCUCGCAGGCCGACGCCGGAAGAAGCGCACCAGCAUCGAGACCAACGUGCGGCUCAUGCUCGAGCGCAACUUCAGCACGAACCAGAAGCCCACCUCGGAGGAGAUCCUGCUGAUGGCGGAGCAGCUCAACAUGGAGAAGGAGGUGAUCCGCGUUUGGUUCUGCAACCGCCGGCAGAAAGAGAAGCGCAUCAACCCGUCCACCAGCAGCACGCCGCCGCUGCCCGGCCAGACCUCGCCCGCCGUCAUGCACAAAGCCCCCUGCUACAGCCCGCACAUGAUUGCCAGUCCAGGUGUGUCCCAGGGCAGCAGCAGCCUCAGCACAACAGCUGCCACUUUGUCCCCGUCGGCGUCCUGCCCCAUGACACCUGUCAGCUCCACCGCCGCAGGGUCUUCUUCUUUGACUCCGCCCCCUCACAGCACAGCCAGCCCCGCCCCGCCCGGUCUCGUUACUCAUGGGCUCAACACUGCGAACACCAUGAUGGGAGUAAGCACAGGAAUGAACCAGGCGCUCAUCAGCAGCAAUCCACUGGCUACCAUGCAAGGUGUGUUUGUGUGUGUGUGUGUGUGUGUGUGUGUGUACUAACUACACAAGUAACAAAAAAAUGCAACAAACUACUUAUGUACAUACAUUUGUAUAUGUAGUACAUGUUUUGUACAUUUAUACGAUAAUGUAAACUGAAUGAAAAUAGGUUGAGAAAUAAGCAAGAUAUGAUUUAUUUUCAGUUUAGAUGUGUUACCUUUAUUGAGUACUUUGCUGUCCUUAAAAAUGGCCAACUCACAGAACUUAUUACUAUGUGUGUCUACGGUC